ACUUCUCAUUGGUCCACAGGGAGGAACCUGGGGAGGUUCUUAUUGGACAAGUCCGGUAAGCCUAGGAGGGGCUGUUCCUAUUGGAUACCUCCGUGCAUUGACGGUUUAUUCCGAUUGGAUGGCUGGAAAGACGGACAGGCACCCGCCAGCCAAUCGACACGCGUGUCUGCCUUCCAGCCCCAACGCGUUUCGCCGUGGGUUCAGGUGAAUGGAGAGCGGCUCCCAGGUGUGUCGGCAGCGGCUCAUUAUCUCGCACAGUGAAGGAGAAGUAAUUGAAAAGCGGCGCAGCAGCCGGGUGCCCUGGCGCAUCUCUCCAAUUCGAAACUCUCUGCGUGUUGUUCAAGGCGUUACCCCCAGAAAACACGUCCCGGAGUCUCGCUGAAGCCGAACCCCGGGGAUAAUCUGUGCUCGACCCGGGCGGGACAGGAGAGAAACUCCGAACAGCGAAGAAUUGUCUGGAUGUCAGUGGCACCUGGGCGUGUGGGUUUGUUCUCAGUCGUAAAAGGUCAGCUCGCAGUGACCUUUAUUACUGCUCUGGUAUUAGGAGUCCCUGUCGCUAGUGCAUCACCGUGUGACCUCAGCCGCCGCGUUAGCGGAUAUUGCACUUGAACUGAGGAUACUGCAGGGAAGAUGGCGGAGAAACUGUGGCAGACGGACUCGGACACCAGCCUGCAGGACUCUCCAGCCCUCCGGCACACCUUCCGCAUCUCGCCUCCCCGCACCCCGCCGAGGGGCGACGGACUCCACAGCGCCCCCGCCUGGACACAGCGAGACCAGCAGCACCUGGAGCUCUUCAUCAACGAGGCAGCGGCACUGGGGCUGCCCUCAGUGAGCACGGAGGAUGCUGGGAGAGGGCGCCCCCCUGUGGCCGCGCUGCUGAACUGCGCCCGGUCGCUCAUUGCGCUGCACCUGCAGAACCGGGAGAGACUGAGGGAAGCCGAGAGGGAGCGCGGAGAGAGUGGCCAACUGAGGGCCAGGCUGCACACUCUGAAGGAGAAGCUGGAGCAGAGAGAGCUCCACCUGGCGGCCUUGCAGGACAGAGUGAGGAGCCUGCAGGAGCAGAAUGCCGCCCUGCAGCGCUCCCUGCGGAGCGACAGAGAGCAGACCGUGGGGCUGCAGUACCGCUGCUCCCAGCAGGCGGCCGAGCUCAGGGCCAGCGAGCAGAGGGCCGCCCGGCUGAAGGACCGGCUGGCCCAGCUGGUGGACAAGCCGCGGGACCGCAGGGCCGGCAUAGAGAUCCUGAACCUCCUGCCCCGGCCGGACGGGAAGAGGGCCCCGGGCCGCGUGGCGAGGGGCGACGGCCGGGGCGGGGAGGAGGUGCUGCGUCAGCUGCUGGAGAGGCGGGAAGCAGAGCUGCAGGAGGCGGAGUCUCGCCGUCAGAGCCUCUCCUCUCUGCUGCACCUGCUUAGCCAUGACAUGGCCACUGCGCUGGGGGACGGGGCUGUCCUUGACUGCGCAGAGGCAGAGGGGGCGGCGCCGUGCUGGGAGCAGCUGAGCCAAUCGGAAGCGGCGCUGGGAGAUCAUGUGACAGGGGGCGUGGUGCAGGUGUGGAGCUGCCUGAAGGGGAGGCUGGAGGAGCUGUCUGUCCACGGUCCCUCCUCGGCUGCUGUGGGGACAGACCAGGAGAAGCAGCUGGCUCAGCUGGAGGCAGAGCUGGAGCAAAGUCACCAGCUGAUCCGGCUGCAGCAACAGCUGCUACAGGACAGCGUGUCCCCUGCGCUCCCGCCCUCUCUCACGGACUCCUAUUUCCUGGAGGAGUGGGAGCGGCUCCAGGCCGGGUGGGCGGAGCUGGAUUCUCAGAGGCAUAGGUUUCAGAGGGAGAGGCGGAGCUUCACUGAGGCUGCCAUCCGAUUGGGCCAUGAGCGGCGUCAGUUUGAACAGCAGAGGGCGUCUCUCGUGCAGCAGCAGUUCCUCAGCCUGUCGCCCCUCCUAGACCCACAGGAGCCUCUCGCCAGCAGGAAAGAGCCCAGCCCACUCAGUGAGUGUCUGCCUCUGUGGGGCUCGGUGUGCGACUGUGGGCCCCUGCCUCCUCUGUGGGGCUCAGGGUGCGACUGUGGGCUCGGGGUGCGACUCUCUCUUCCAGGUCUCAGUCAAGUCACCCCCUCUCAUUCCCGGCUGACGGUUGUCUCCACUCCGGGGUCAGGGGUCAGGGUGUGGGCCGGCCAGGGUGAGGUGGGCACCCCCAGCACGCCCGAGCUGUACCGCACUUUGAGGCUGCCUCUCCCACGCAGGGCCAGCAUGAGGAGCCCUGCAGUGGCCGAGCACUGGACCUGGGCAGGGCCCCGAGGGUCGUACCUGCACUCGGAGCUGGACGUGUCCUUCUAGAUGGAGAGGUGGAUGCAGAGUGACCACCUCGCCCAGCCCAGUCCCAGCUGGCCAGAGGAAUGGGAAUACUACCUUAUUGUUUUUGUGUUUUAAUACUUUUAAAAAUCGAAUAAAGAGUUGACCUUUAGCCUCUGGUGGCACUGACACCUUUGUCCUUAGCAGCUCUGUGUUGCAGUGUUCCUGCGUUCCAGCAGGGGGCAGUAUGACAGCUCAGACCUGUUCUCCAGUAUCUCUACUUGUUCCCCUCUGACC